AUCUUUGAAUCUAGAUCUAGAAUUCUAGAUCUAAAUUACAUGUAGUAUGAUGUAGCACCUAGAUCUAGAACUAGACUAGUAUCUAUUAUAUUCGGAAUCUCUAUCCAAAUGAGAGAUUUCAUUUAAUCAUCUUAGAUAAUAACUAGUCAAGAACAAAUCUCUUUAUUUUUUUUAUUUAUUAACGUAACUUUCAAACUAUCAACAUGAGCAAAAGGAUUGCCCAAAACUCCAGCAUUAUUGAAUGUAUCAACAAUGAUAAUCCUGAUAAGUUGAAAUCUCUGAUGGCCAAAUGCUUACAACCUGUGGGUACCUCUCCAAAAAUUAGUAAGAUUGAGUUAAAUUCUUACUUGCUUCAUGCUGCAAAGAAAAAUUCAACAAAGUGCCUGGAAGUUUGUUUGCAAAGUGGGUCUGAUGUAAACAGCAGAGAUGAGCGAGGAAUGUCUGCUUUUUUAUAUGCUGCUGACCACCAUAACUUGAACGCUCUUCAAAUACUUAAGAGUUUUGAUGCAGAUCCUAGUGUUUCGAAUAAUGAAGGAACCACUGCGCUCAUGUAUGUGUGUAAAUGGCAAGCAAGUGACUGCCUACAGUAUUUGAUCAAUCUUUCUGUUGACCUAAAUAUGAAAGACAAAGAUGGCUGUACAGCCUUGAAGUUUGCAGCUCAAUACGAUAGCUAUGACUGCGUGCUCAAUUUGAUCAAUGCCAAGGCAGACCUUAACCACCCAGAAAAUGUUUAUGGAUAUUCUCCAUUGAUGCAUGCACUUAAAAGAGAUAAUGCCAAAAUUGCACAGCUAUUAAUAACCAAGGGAGCUAAUGUCAAUAUUGUUGGGAAUGAUGGCAAAAAUGCCAUAAGUUUAGCUUUUCAAUGUAAAAACUAUGAUCUAGUGGAAAGCAUUCUUGUUAAUUGUAGCAAUUUUAAAGUUUGCCAGGAAAAUUAUUCCUACAUGCACAAAAUGAUUGCACAAGGUAAUAAACGAAUUAUUCGAUUAAUGCUUAUUCGAGGCUUUCAUCCUAUAGAUCUGUCCUGUAAAGAUAGCUGUUUUAAAUUUUCUUUUGUCUCAGAUGAAUUGUCUCCUUUGUGUGUAGCCCUCUUAUCACUUCAAGGUGAUGUUGCCCGCUACUUUGUGGUCAACAGAUUUUUCUCACCAGGUGACCAAACAAAGCUGCUGGAUAACUAUGUUAGAAUUCAGACAAUGCUUGAACAGCAACAGCCCCAAUCAGUAGACUCAUUGUCAGUUUUAGAAUAUAUCUACAGGCAUUCAAGUGUGCUUUCUUCAAGUUUUGAGUCACCACAGUGGCCUUACAGCAGAUUGUGUUUAGUGUACUGGAAGAUAAUUCCUCUUGAUCACCCUUUUAAAACAGAACCCUGCAACUGCACUGAAUGUAAUGAGGGACUUAAAGUUGCAUCUAAUUGCCUCACCUUCAAUAUGCUUUAAAAUGUCGGUAUCUCAAGUUAUGAGGCAAGGAUAUCAGCAAAGAACACACACAAAAUCGGGCAACUCUGCAACAGACCCAACCUACCCUUGUAUGUAGCCAGCUUUUCAAGGUCCGGAUUGGACUUCACAGGCAUCUUUGAGUUCAUAGGAAAUGAGAUUGUACUCAUCUUUGAUCAUGAAGGAGGAGCCAUUAUUAUAUUUAAAGUACUGUUUAUACUCUUUUAAACAUUAAAACCUUGUUAGUCACUAUGUACUUUACUUUUUAUUGCGGUACCGGUAUGUUAUUAUACAUAUAUGAAAUAAGAUAAACCAAAAGAGAAUUUUAAUAUUUUAUAUACAACAGUUUCUAAUAUCAUUUUUGUUUCUUUUAUAAAAAUAAAAUUUUGUACAAAUUUUAAGUUCAACUUUUAGACCAUACAGUCUAUAGGGCAGAUGAUGUAAAGGUCAUCUGUUUCUGUGGACCACUAGGGUGUCAUGUAGACAGCAUAAUGACCAGCUGCCUUUACUUUUCCCCAACUUAUGUCAGGUACUGUACCUAUUAAAGCUGGGUGGACUCAAAGGCACUCUAAAAAAGCAUUAGGGUUUAUUAAAAGAAAUUUUUACUAAUUAAACAAGAACAUAAAACUAAAAUGUCAUUUGCUUUUGGUUUGGCCAAUUUUAGAAUAAACCUAAUAAAGUACUCAGAAAAACAAAGACAGAUCAAAUUUCUUAUUCCAUAUAUGUUAAGACAAAGUUGUAUAAAUGCUCCUAUUUCUCUUCUAUUGUAAAAUGUUUUACAUGUUUCGGAUGUUCCUUCAGAGUUGAAGAUAGUUUACUUCCUAGUCCAAACCUCCCGCAGGACGACAAGGGAUGGGAGCGGGCAGGGUUUGAACCCUCGACCGUCGAUAAAUCCGAACGACAGUCCAGCGCACAAACCGAACGACCAGGCAGCCAUCCUUUGCUAUUAGAGCAUGAAAUGGAUUGCAUGAAUCAUCCAGGAAAACCAACGAUUGAUUAACUACAUGACUAGAUUGACCCCUGUCCCUGUUAGGUAGAACAUAAUCAUCUUUUCAAGUAGUGCCUGUAACUUAUAGGAUAGGAUACUCAAAGUUUUGAAUAAAAUCCUUUAUGUCUAUGGCAAUAAUUUUUGCUUGCUAUUUAUUGAAAGUAACUUACAAGUUUAAAUUAUUACUUUAAAAUUAUAGGCUUUUAGUAAUAGAUAUAUUUUGGCUUAUUAAAUAUUCAACUUUUUUUUUCAAGUCUUGUGAAACCUAUUAAUAAGUUAAAGAGGAUAUUAUGUAUAUGUCUUCAUGAUUUGGGUCAACGUACAUUAUAAUUGAUCCUGUCAUUAUUUCUUUGGCCUGUAUUGAUAACUUUCAUGCAAGACAUUAUACUAAGACUAAGACUGCUUUAUUGAUCCUUACGGAAAUUUGUUGUGAUUACAAGGACUUGUUUCUCAUAUAAAGACAACACAACAGAAAAAUACACAUAAAUACAACAGACAACAUAAAGAGUUCAUUCAGCGACUACACACAGGUAUCUUGGUGCAUACUGUCAAUUCUCUAGUGUAUUCUAGUGUUCAUAUAAUUGUUUUUUGUUCCUACAAAUAAUUUACUGAAUGUACUUUUAAGAAUCAUUAUACCUUGAAUUUUAAGUCAAUUCAGAACUUUGAUACCAGAUGUAAUUCUGGACUUUUAGUAAUAAUGCAUGUGAAACAGUUUAAACUUUAAUCUUUAUUGUGAGCUUUUCCUUUGUCCUCAAGAACUUGAAUAUGCAUCUUCAUUAAGUCUUUUGCAUAUUUCUUAGAUGAUUAUGCCUUAAUUUUUCUAGAUGAAAUUAUGUCUUAAUUUUUCCUGCGUAGAAAUGAAAAAUCAAAAUUUAGAAGCUCAUAUUGCUGCAAGAUGGCUGUGAUAAAUCCUUGUGUCCUGUAGCUUUCAAAUUUUUCCCUCUUGUCAUGUAAUGGCUAUUUCUUUACUACUAAUUUAUUAAAUGUACUUUUGAGUGUUGUAAAAUUUAGUCAGCCAACUUUGAAAUUGAUUUUGAACUCUGAUACCAGACCUAAUUUGAGUAUUUCAGCAAUAUAUAUUGCAUGUGAAAUAGUUUAACAUAAUUUUUAUUUUAUGAGCUUUUUUUUUUAAAAAAAAUCCCACUCAAUCAAUGAAUCCUUAUCAAUAAUUAUGAAUGAGUAUCCAUGCAGAAAUGCUCACAUGAUAAAGACUGUGCCAAUAUAAAGGCAUACUAUGUAGAGCUGAUCUUCUUCCAUUUGUGCCAGAAUGUUUUUCAUGAACAAAAAUUUAACUUAUUCAUUAUGAUCUUCCUUACCAUCAAACUGUAUGUAUGAACAUAAAGGAAGAACUGAUUUUGUUAUAUUAUACUAGUUUGUCAAUCAAUAACAUUGAAUAAAUGUUGGCUUGUUUUUACACAUUUAGUUACACUUGUUCUGUUUUACAGAUAUAUUCUUUUUUUUAAACACCAAAACUUGUCUCUACAUGAUAUUGCUUUAUAGACUGUUGUGCUCCAAUCAAGAUUUAUAACAUACAAUACAGCUUUGCUCAUCUUUACAGACACUCUCUAAAGAAUUGGAUAAUGCUUUAAUGAAACUUUGAAGCGUUUAUUUACUGUGAGAAAUUAUUGUGAGUCUUCUACUCAUGUUAUAUUUCUUGUCUACUCUUUUGGUCCUGAGAUUACUACACAAAUUACUAUCAAAUAUGUAUCAUAACAAGACAUACUGCAUUGCAUUCAAGGCAGUUUGGAUCUUACCACAUUAAAUGAUAACUAUAAUAAAUAACUUGCAAAUU